CAGGGGAUGAACAAUCAGUACGCCCGCCGCCGGGAGGUCUUCUGCGGGAACACCUGCCACGAUCUCAAGCGCUUUUGGGAAAGAGAGAUUGGCAAACAGACCUACUACAGGGAGUCGGAGGAAUACCGGCUGGGAAGGAGCGCACUGAGAAAGCUUAGAGAAGAAUGGAAGCAGAGGCUGGAAACAAAGCUGAGGCUACGGAACAAUCCAGACGAGACUGAAAGGCGGGCAAAUGUUGGCUGAGAGCUUCCUGCUCCACUGACCACAGAGGACACAAAGCACUGAGGUCACGCUGCUGGAAGUCAACUCAAAUCCCCAAGUCCCUUUGCCUUGCCGGUUGGAUCCCCGAAAGGGGGUUCCCUGCCCAUCCUCUCCCAAUGCGCAUGCGCCUCAUUUGCCGAGUCAGUCUUCUCCGUGUCGGGGGCAAGUUUUUAUUCCAAGUGGCUCUGAAGAUGAGCUUAUUUAUAAUCAAGGCUCCAGGCAGCAUUCUUAACUUUUACAUAAUUAUCUUCUAAUUAAAAAACCCACCUAUUUCAACUUCUUAGCACCCCAGAAGGGGUUCCCAACCUUCAUGGUCAGAGUAUAAACAUGGUCCAGGGGCUGGGGAGGUAGCUCAGUUGGUAAAGUGCUUGCCUCACACACCA